CCCGGAUCCAAUAACACUAACCUCAAUCCGACCCGAAAACCUGGAAAACUAGUCUUCUUCCUCGUCGAUUCGACGCUAACUCUUUCUUUGUAAAAAGAUUAUUACCAGAAAGAACUACACUUUGUGGAAAGGUUUGAAACAAGUGAGUAUGAGAAAGGAACUGUGCAGAAACUUUCAACAGGGAAGUUGUAGGUAUGGAGAAAGAUGCAGAUACCUUCACCCACAACAAACUAAACCAAACAAUCCCUUUGGCUUUGGUACACCAUCCAGAGAUCAGCAGCAACAGAACAAGAGUUCUAAUAACCCUUUUGGAUUUGGUGUACAAGGCGGUGCCAACUCCAACAGACCAAAUCAAUCUCAGCCUUUUCAAAAUACAUGGCAACGUAAUCCUUCUACACCUGGUGUUGGUGUUGGUGGUGGUUCUACGCAGCAGUCUGGUAAACAGACGCAACAGGCAGAGCAUAAAUGCACGGAUCCUGCUGCGUGUAAGCGUCUGAUGCAAGAGGAUUUUAAGAAUGAGAGACCCAUGUGGAAGCUCACUUGCUACGCUCACUCCAAAUACCUUCCUUGUGACAUUAGUGGUGAUAUCAGCUACGAAGAGUUACGUGCCAUGGCAUAUGAAGAAUCUAAACGAGGAAUACCUCUACAGUCUAUUAUUGAAAGGGAGAGGAAUUUGCAAAAUGCCAAAGUAGCUGAGUUUGAAAACUCUCUACGGAGUCCAUACAGAGGCGCUGUUACAACCAAUCAAACUCCUAGUAUCUUCCCACCAGCUAGUCAAGUCAAUUCCUCUCCAGGAUUCUCUGCCUUCAAUCAACAACCAGCAUUCCCCAACACUAAUGCUGGUGGAGGAGUCAGUUCAUCUGGACCUCCUAAUCCAUUUGGACGGUUUAAUCAACAACCUAAUGCUUUCAGCGUUAACCCUCCUCAACCUGCUCCUUCAGGUCCAUCUUGUUUCCAGAGUCAGCCAUCAUCGUUUGGACCUGGACCAGUUGCUCCGUCUGGUUUCCAAACUCAACCAUCAGUAGUAGCAUUCAAGCCAUCAUCGUUUGGACCUGGACCAGGACUCGCCACUGGUCCCUCUGGUUUCCAGAGUCAACCAGUAUCUUUUGGACCUGGACCAGGAUUCGCUACACCUCCACAAAGCAGCAACGUCUUUCCUUCAUUCAACUUCAAUUCCCCUGUUGCACCUUUCACUUCUCCUGUUACAGACGCAACCAACAUACCGUCCGGAACCGAGCUACAAGCAGGAGGUGCUCCUGUUGAUACUAGCAUCUGGUUAAAGGAGAAAUGGAAUCCAGGAGAGAUUCCUGAGCAAGCGCCGCCUGAUGCAUUUGUUCGUCGAUAG